AUGUACGCUACCGCGCCAACCACCUCAGCUUGGCUGGGUACCCAAUUUGCUUUUGCUUCACAUCCCCGGUCCACUAGUGCGCUUAAGCCCUCUGGCCUGAGCAAGGCGUACCAACCACCCUCCCAAUACCAAACUUCUCACACUCACGUAGAGGUCGACACCCACCGUCAUCCCUACUACUCCACCCCCAUCGAUCUCGCUGAACGUGAAUACCGCCAGCGUUACCGCCCUGCCCAAGCCUUUUCCACUGAAGACCCUACUUCCCACUCUCACUCUCACUCUCACUACCAAACUCAAGACAACUUCCAAGCCAACAACUACACCGUUGAAGGCCGACCCGCUCCCCAAUUCUACUCCUCCGAGAAGACUGAAAUCAACAACUUCACCGUUGACGGACGCUCAUCUCGCCCUCAGUACAACCAGACCGAGAAGACCGAGUUUAACAACUUCACUGUUGACGGCCGUUCUUCCCGACCUCAAUACACUUCUGAGAAGACUGAAAUCAACAACUUCACUGUUGACGGCCGCUCUUCCCAGCCUCAGUACCGCGAUACCAAGACAACUCAGGUCAACAACUUCACCGUUGACACACCUGUUGCUCGUCCAUCUAACAAGAAGGACGUGAGAUUCACUGAAGAAACCGUCGAAACUACCAAGGUCGACAACACCAAGUCCAAGAUGGGUUACUACGACGACGACGGUCAAUACAACUCUUUCCGCGCCGGUGCUCACAAGCUCGGUGAUCGCAUCGCCCAUGGAGGUCGUCGCGAUAUUGAGAUUGACAUCCACGAGGGUCCCCGUCCCUCUGCUGACUGCCUUCUCAACACUGUCAGCAUCCCCUGCCACCACAUCCGUCUGGGUGACUUCUUGAUGCUCCAGGGCCGUCCCUGCCAGGUCAUCCGCAUCUCUACCUCCUCUGCCACCGGUCAGUACCGCUACCUUGGUGUCGAUCUCUUCACCAAGCAGCUCCACGAGGAGUCCUCUUUCAUCUCCAACCCUGCCCCUAGCGUUGUCGUUCAGUCCAUGCUCGGCCCUGUCUUCAAGCAGUACCGUGUCCUCGACAUGCAGGAGGGUCAAAUCGUUGCCAUGACCGAGACUGGUGACGUCAAGCAGGGUCUCCCCGUCAUUGACCAGUCCAACCUCUACUCCCGCCUCCACAGCGCUUUCGAGUCUGGCCGUGGUUCCGUCCGUGUCCUCGUCCUCAACGACGGUUCUCGUGAGCUCGCCGUUGACAUGAAGGUCAUCCACGGCUCUCGCCUGUAA